AUGAGUAUCAAUCGGCACCGCAAAGCUUCUAGCAUUAUCCAUCCGGUCUUGAAAGUAGCUCACCGGAUCAUUGCUUCUCUCUUAUUCCCUCAAGAAGAGAUUAGCAAGCUAAAAAAAGAGCUAGAAGUCUUGUGGUGUAUGAUUAACAAGCCUGCAGAAGUCCCUCAUUUUGGUUGUUGGGUUAUUCAAAAAAUGCUCAGAAGUGCUACGAGCAAUGGUGGACAGCUACAUUGUGGAGGCAUGGUUUCUAUUAUUGCAGAGCAUCUUGGCCUCCAUCUACCUAAUAACCCAACAAACAUCAUCAUGGGCCGUACUCGUCUAUCAAUUGAUGUUAUGGAAACAAUGCAUCUUUUCCACGCCUUCCCACUGGGGAUAUUCAUUGGACAGUGUUACAGUAGAUCAUUAGUCCUCCAUCCUCUCCUCCUCCUGCUCCUCCUGCUGGUGCUUCUAGUUCCUCUCGCUAUUCCUUUUUCUGAACAUAAUCUUUAUAUGGGCGAGUUUGCGCGUUUGAAUCAUCGUUACACCAGUCUACAACAGGAAAUCGGGGACAUUUAUACGGGUGUCGCUGAAAUCACUUCUGAUUUUCAGGACUACCGUAACUUACAGGAAGAGCAUUGGGCCCAACAAGAGUUGCGGUGGGCUGAGCAAGAUCAAAGAUGGGCUACUCAAGAGGCAGCACAACCGCAACAUUCACCAUCUGCUGAGUGA